UGCCUGGCUUAACCAUUUGAGUGGUGGCUUCUAGGGCGACAAGUUUUGAGCAAAUGAACAUCUUAAUCGGAGUACUGAGUAGCUUGCUGCUCGCCCCCAUCUUGUUGGCCAGUGGGCAGACAGGGGACUGUGACUUUAGACAGGCGGUUGUGACUGGACAAUCGUUCUAUUUCCGAUCCCCCAGGUAUCCCGAAAAAUACACACCAGGCACCAAAUGCAAGAUGCAAGCUACCAGCUCUUGGGCUAAUAACAAAUUGAUCCUAACCUGCCAAAUUGACAUUCCAAGGGAUCCAAAUGGAUGCAUCAAUAACAAAUUCGUUGUCAAGAGGUACCACGGAGAUGGGGUUCUGCAGAGUACGAAUACUUAUUGUGGCAAGAGGCAAAUAUCCGAGACUAGUUACUCUCGAACCAACUACGCCCAAAUCCAUGUAGAUUUUACCACUUCGGGGAGUAAAACCGGCAGAUUCUCCUGCACACUCUCGGCUUCAACUUAAGGGAACACAGAUAAAGCUGCAUGUGUUCCAACUCAAGGAAAAUGCUCUUGGAUAACAUGAAGGAAGCGACAUACAUCUGGUAAUAUUCCCUG